UGGUGCUACGACGGCCCAUUUGCCAUCGUGCUCGUGCCGUGGCUGGCGUCUCCCGUCUACUACCGUAUUUCUCCUUUCCCCGACCCCAAGCAAAGCACAUCGACUCCUAUCGGCGGUCGCGCGAGCUCCAGCGCCAAGGGGAUCCGUUGCGUCCGGCGGGGGUUAAUUUCUUGCGGUUGUAGGAUCCCCGAUGGCGGAUACGGCGAAGGCCGAUGCGGCGGCGGAGGCGGCCAAGAUGGACCUGCUCGAGGACGACGACGAGUUCGAGGAGUUUGAGAUCGACCAAGAAUGGGAUGACAAGGAAGAAGGCAACGAGGCAGUUCAGCAAUGGGAGGAUGACUGGGAUGACGAUGAUGUCAAUGACGACUUCUCUCUGCAGCUCAGGAAAGAGCUGGAGAGCAUCCCAUCGAAGAACUAGAACUUGUGGUCUUGUAUUCAGUACUUUCAGAUAGGAAGUGGUAUCUGCUGGAUUUGGCAUGUUUACUGUUAUAUUUACCAACUCGAGCAUUUUGCUUGUUCUGUGGUAUGCCUUUCCGUUAUACAUUUUAUUACCAAAUACGGUUCAUAAAACUAUAUUGCCUAUGUCUAGAAAGUGGUAUCGGUUGUAGAACCGUAAUCCAUCAACUGGCUGAACCUUUUUGUUCCGUGAAUGCAGAAAGGCCAUUGCUUAGUGUUUUUUUUAUCUAAUUAAUGUGAAGAUAAUAUGUUUGUUA